UUCUGACCCAGGUUUCCUGGGUUGGGUCCUAAAGUGCUCGUACGAUAUCAUACAUAACCAAGCUGUGCCAGAACCAACUUGCACCAACCUGCCGGCUCAGCAAUGUCAUCCUCAGCGCCCAAAACGCGCGGAGCACUGAUAGCCAUAGAGGGGCUUGACCGAGCCGGAAAAUCCACUCAAUGCCAGCUCCUAAUGGACCGCCUAGCAGAAAGGAACGUACCCGCCCGUCUACAAAAAUUCCCCGACCGCACAACCCCCAUCGGAAAAAUGAUAAAUGCCUACCUCUCCACCUCAACCACCCUGGAAGACCACACAAUCCACCUCCUCUUCUCCGCCAACCGCUGGGAACUCUCCGCGCACAUCCUGAAACUCCUGAACGACGGCGUUACCAUUGUGUUGGAUAGAUACGUAUACUCCGGGAUCGUCUUCAGCGCCGCGAAAGGUCUCAGCCUGGACUACUGCCGCGCGCCGGACGUGGGCUUGCCAAGGGCGGACGUAGUCUUGUUCUUGGAUCUGGAUGCGGAGGUGGCGAGGCGGCGGGGCGGGUUCGGCGGUGAGCGGUAUGAGGUUGAGGCGGUGCAGAGGAGAGUUAGAGAUUUGUUUAAGGAGGUUGGAGAAAAAGAGGAGGGGAGGUGGAGGGUUGUGGAUGCUGGGCGCAGUGUGGAGGAGGUCAGAGAGGUGGUUUGGGGGGUUGUAGAAAGGGUUGUGAAGGAGGUUGAGGGGAUGGAGGUUGGGAGAUUUGAAUAGGGUAGCCUGGAUUUAGAGGGGUUCUUUUUUAAAAAAUUUCUUUUCUCUUUUUUUCCAAUGGGUAGAAGUUGACAAGGGAAAUGAACAAAGAGUGAUUAGCUGUACAUUAUGAAGGGGAGAGGGUCCCUGGAAGGUUAUGGGGAGGAGAAGAAGAGGGAGGAAGGAAAAAUGGACAGAAGGGAAGAAAAGGGAGUAAAAACAAAGUAAAAAAAUAAAAAUAAAACGCCGAUAUCCAAUCCA